ACCCUCGUACACACGCGCGCAUCGACACGAGUGUUUCGCGCACUGCAGCGUCAAUCUCUCGAGUAUAUAACGACUCGGCCAAUAGAUAGAUAUCGAUAUAUCCCGAAAUUACAUAUCGCGCGCGUGCACUAUCGCAAAGAUUCGAAAUUGUUGAUUUUGAUUCGUCCGGUCUGCUGUGUUGAUCCGCGGGAAAACAAAAUCGUGGCUGUUGCGCUGCUUCUAGACCGCUGGAGGCGAGGAUCCCUUGCGGUUCAUCGACGACGAUGACUGGUAGAGGUUGGAACCUCAAGUGCAAUUUUUCGUAGUAGCUUGAGAAGCAUUUGAUACUUUUGAAUGGAUACUGAAUUUUUGGUCGUUCACAAGACUGAAAUGAUGGAAUCGGAGCAAGGGAUGAAUAGUUCGGAGUUGGAGACUGGAGUUGACAUCAUCGAGCAAGAGCAGGACAUUGAGGAGAUAGAUCACAAGCGGAAUGGUUUGCAGACUGUAUUUGCCAAAUUUAUGGAAGAGAAACAUUCCAUUACGUACAGGAAGCUUGUGGUUCCUCAGUCAAUGAGAAGCAUAUACUGGAAGUUCUUCGGAUUUCCUGCAGAUGACGAUGGAGAAAUUCUGACCAGAGUUAAAAUAGUUUGCUUGCUGUGCAAGACUCAAAUCGCUUACAAUAGGAAUACUAGUAACUUAAGGAUGCACCUGCAGAAUAAACACGUUCAAGAGUUGCAUGAGCUGGAAGCGCUCAGUCCACCCAAGAAACAAACCAUCACUCCAGAGAGUAAAGAGAGGAGAGCACAAAAGAGAAUGUUGAAAGCAGCCAUGGCAUCCAGUUCACAGCAUAUAUAUACCACUAAUGCCGAUGGCACAGUGCAAAUAGGUGGAGACAUUCAGUUUGUGACUGAUCCAAGUGUGGCUUUUCCUGAACAGUGCAUGGAGGAAGACAUGACUGUAAACAUUAACAAACCGUUAAAGUUUGUCAUUAAGGAUGGUACUAUUGAUAAUGUUUCCACCACUAGUAAUCAGAAUAUGACUUUUAUGCUGUCUGAAGACCAGCAGCAGCAGACUUCCUCAAAUAACAAGUCAGUUUCAGAAGCUAUAGUAGAAUUCUUAAUAAUAGAUUUGCAACUGCCUGAAAUUGUACAAGAGCAAGGUUUCCAAAGACUCAUAGCUACUCUGAAGUCCCCAUGUCAGAUACCUAGUAAAAAUUCAUUGGAAGAAGAGAUCAUACCUACAACCUACAACACAUUCAGGGAAACAAUACUGUCCAACAUUUCUUCUUUAACAAGCGAAGUAAGCUUAGCAGUGGAAGAGUGGACGUCUAAUUUUGGUGAAAGCUUCUUUUCCUUUCUCAUCUACUACCAAAGUCCAGGUGAAGCUGUCUUGGAAUCAAAGAUUUUGUGUACAAUUCAUGGACCUAGAGAUUGGGAUGAGCUGCAGUGGGGAACUGUUUUGGAUAUUAUAAUGAAUGAAUGGUGCAUCAAGUUGGAGAAAACAACUGCUGUCAUUGCAUCAACCACAAGGUCACAGUUAACAAAUGCUUUGAUUACCAGAGGUUUGACUGUGGUUCCUUGCUUACUGCACUCUCUUCAAGUUUGUGCACAGACAAUUUUUGAAAAUGAUGAAGUGAGCAAAGUCUUGACCAACUGUAGAUCAAUUAUUGGAGCCAUUGCAAGUAAUGCUGAAGCAACUAAUGCUUUUGCUGUGCAAGAACAACUUCUUGGGGUAACAGGAUCUUUGCAUACCUAUCGCUUGGAAGAAAAUAUGAUGAUAAUGGACUAUCCAAAUGUCUGGACGUCAACAUACACAAUGCUUCAGCAAAUGAUUCCUCGUAGAGAAGUGAUUACAAUGAUUCUCAGCAGUAUGGACGGGAUCAAUGAAAAUGUAUUAGAUUUAAAUGAUGAGCAGUGGCAGAUCAUCAAUGAUCUUGUUGAAGUUCUUGAACCUUUUAAAGUAACCAUCAUAACGCUAAGCGAGGAGAAAAUGCCUUUGAUUUCUCUGUUAAAGCCAUUGCUUUGGCAGCUGGUGUCGGCGCAUCUGAAGGUAAAAGAAGAAGAUUCUGCUACCGCGCGAGCUUUUAAGGAAUCGUUGUCGGAUAUGUUAUGCCAUCAUUACUCAGAUCCUAAUGUUAGUUUGUUGUUGCAAAUCGCGACAACCUUGGACCCUAGAUUUAAAGAGGUACCUUAUGCUACAGACGAAGAUAAAAAAAUGGUAGCAACGCCUAUAAAAGAGAUGCUUACAAAACUCAUAGAAGAAAACGAAGAUUCGAGUGAAAGUCAAAAAGACUGUGUGCAGGUCGUUAAAAAAAGUCGAAUAUCAGGAAUGGAAUUGCUUCUUGGUGGUCUUCGCCCCAAUAAACGAGGAAUGACCACCGAAGAAAAAGCGAAUCUCGAACUCGCUCAGUAUCAAUCAGAAGCAACUGCUCCAUUGGACAAUUGUCCACUUCAGUGGUGGGCAAAGGUCUCGGCAAAGUGUCCCAAUCUCGGUAGUAUAGCUAGCCGUUACAAUUGUGUUCCGGUUUGCUGCCCGCCACCUUCUAGGAUACCCGCCGACGUACAAAUGGCUUACAAUGCUAAAAGAGCCGCAUUGCCACCUCAUUUGGUCGACAAGAUGUUGUUUCUGCACGCGAAUCAUAAUUUAGUGUGAGAGUAGUGCAGCGAUUAACAGAGAGACAAAAAGAUUGAUUUUUAGUACAAUAUUACUGAAAAAAUGCUUUGUUUCUUAUGGAAUCUGGCAUGAAGAAACAUUCAGAAAGAGUAGGAAUUAAAAUAGUACUAAAGUCAGUUUUAGUACUCUGAUACUCUGAAAUCAUGUAAAUUUAAAAUCAAAAUGCUGCCGAUUUUGAGAAUGUGUAAAAAAAGGUAUAAAACAUUAGAGGUGUACAUAAAGGCACCGAUGUUGUCUUUAUUUAAUGAUUUUAUGUACAUUAGUACGAAAAAAUGUAUGAUUCUUGAAUUGUAUUCUAAGACCAUUCUUAGAAUUAGAUUGUACAUACAUAUACAUAUUUAGUAUUUUGCGAAUCACUAUCACUUUUAAAUUUUGACAUUUUUCACCGUUUUAAUAAAACGUAAAAUAUUUAAUUACUUUGAAAAUAUGUAAAAUAGUUGAAUCAAAUUUCAUAUUUUACUGAUGUAUAAUCUAUGCAGUUAGGUGACGAUAUUGAAUGAUGAAAAUAUUGAAAGAAAGUUUAGGUCUUAAGGCUCAUAACUCAUUGUAAAUACGUCAUACAUAAAAUAUCAAUUUUGCUUAUACACAUUUAGAUUAUUUGUAAAAGGGGUUAUUCCUUUUUAAUAUCAUGUGAUGAUCGCAUUAAACCAAAAACAAAUAUAUUUGUUAACACUUUUUUCAAGGAUUGUUGAGUAAACAUGGACAUAUAUUUUUGUAAAGCUAAAAUGUCAAGCGCAUUAAUAAUAAAAAAAAUUGUUAGUAAAAA